CAAAGGUGUCGGCAAGACAUGCCUUAUGAAGCGAUUUACUCAAGGAAAAUUUUCUGAAAAUGCUCAGCCAACUGUUGAAGUUGAAGUAGCAACCGCUUAUGUUCAAGUGCAAGGAUUCCAUGUUAAGCUAGAAAUCUAUGACACCCUCGGGCAAGAAAGAUUCGGCAAGCUUCCAAAUAUUUUGUAUCGAAACACAGAUGGCAUUAUAUUGGUUUGCGAUUUGACCAACGCAAAAUCUUUCUUAGGCUUGGAUAGCUGGUUGGCAGAUGUCAAAAACUAUUGUGAUGAUGAUGUGCCAGUUAUUAUCGCCGGUAACAAGAUGGAUGAAGCAAAUAAGAGGGCAGUCACUCAGAAAAUGAUUAGAGAUUUUGCAAACGAAGAAAAAUAUCAGUUCUUAGAAACAAGUGCUAAAGACAACAUCAAUGUCGAACUGGUUUUCUUUAGCCUUCUGAAGGAGGUUUUGCAGAAAAAAAACCUAAUUCCUCCAGGUCCUGUUGCUGAAAUGCGCGUUGUUCCUAAAAAGGCCAUCCAAAAUUCGGAAUCCCGUUUACCUGAGAAACUUCCAGCAGAGAAGGUAGACAUUAUUUCCUUGAAGUUACACAAUUUCAAAGAAUCGACUCGAACUGAAGUGAAAAGCAGUGCUGCCCAAACUGGGGAAGAAAGGCGCCCAUGCUCGUGUUAAGAAAAAGAAAUGUUCUUCUUUUAACAAGACUGUUUUUGUGCUUCACAAGUAAACUAUCUACUACCAACAACUACUAGAUUUUUAUUAAUUAUAUUAAUUUGCUAAAUUUUUGUAAGUGCUUUAUUUUCAUUGAAUAAAUUUUGAUUUUAUAGGUG